GUUGCAGCGCGAGCUGGGGAGGCCGGCGAGGCAACCCAGUGUGCAGGCCCAACGCAGUGACCCUUUGUUCUUUCCUGACUCCCGUUCCACGGAGGAGCGCUCGGAGUCUCGGGCCAGGGUUUUGGGGCCGCGUGGAUACUCGCUUUCAGAAAAAAGCCAGUCCUUACGGUCUCCAGUUUCGGAUCUCUGGACCCUCUCUGCGGGCACCUAGCGUAUUUGCAGAUUGCCUUGGAUGAUGGCCUGCGUCUGACAGUCCCCUCGGCUCACCUCUGCUCUCCUAAGGUCGCAGUUGACAGCUCCCCUGGUCCUCAGCAUUUGCCUGGAACUGCUGGGUCUGCCACAUCCUGUCCAGCUGAUCCCUAUCCUGUUGUGUUGCCUGGGUCCACAACCUCCCUGCAUUGGCUCUUCCUCCUUUCUUCCCUCUGCUUCCAGUAUGCCUCGGGGUCGUCGCCGUCGUCAGGGCCCUCGCAUUCCCAUCCGGGCAGCUGCCAAUUACGCCAAUGCACACCCUUGGCAGCAGAUGGACCAGGCCUCUCCUGGGGUGGCAUAUACUCCCCUUGUGGAUCCCUGGAUUGAGCGGCCCUGCUGUGGGGACCCUGUGUGUGUACGCACAACCAUGGAACAGAAGAGCAAAGCUAGUGAUUCUGUUGGUGGUAAGCCCACAGAAAGGGGCCUUCCAGCUGUGMGAAUGCUCGGCCCCCGGCCCCUCAGGAUGGACUUCCACUGGGUGCCUGGCUCAGAUCCAGGCACCUUUGACGGCUCUCCAUGGCUGCUGGAUCGCUUUUUGGCCCAGCUAGGUGAUUACAUGUCUUUCCGCUUUGAACAUUACCAAGACAACCUAAGCCGUGUCUGUGAGAUUCUUGGACGCCUGACUGGACGAGCCCGGGCCUGGGCAGCCCCUUACCUUGAUGGGGACCUUCCCUUGCCUGAUGAUUAUGAGCUGUUCUGCCAGGAUCUUGAGGAAGUCAUUCAAGACCCAAACAAUUUUGCUGAGUACCAUGCCGCAGUGCCCUGCCCCUUGCCUCCAGCCUCGAGCCAGCCACCAGUGGCCCCGCAGCUGCCUGUGGUGAGAGAGUAUUUAGCUAGGUUCUCAGAGGCCCUGGCACUCAACAUGGGUACUCCCCCGAGGCCUGUCUCAGCUGCUGUGGCCACCCCUGCUGUGUCUAGGUCCUGUUCUACAUCCAGAAAUGUUCUGGCCAAGGAGAGCACGCCUGGGCCCCAGGAGGUUCCUGUACUGUCCAGUUCUGCUUGUAGCCUUGAUCCUGGUCCUGUUGGGCUAGUUCCCUUCCAGCCAGAGGAGGCAGGGACCAAACCUGUCCCUAGACUUUCAAAAUCUCYUAACCUCUCUGCCCAGAUGACAGACCUACCUUACUCAGAGGGUUCCAAAACCCAGAAAACAGAGGAGGAAGUUUCUGAGACUGGGGGAGUCCAGAAUGUAUCGUUAGGUGCCUCACAGCAGGUAGUUGAGACCCCAGAAGAGCCUCCAUUUUCUCCUGAUUGCCAACACGCAUCCAUGGGCUGUGAACACGGCCCAGGCAGAAGAAAUAGUACACUUUGUGAUCAAGUGGCUGGUGUUGCUAAGGAACCCCAUAGCCCCCAAUCAGAACAGAGUGGUGUCCCCAGAUGACUCCAGACAACUUCAUAGCUGGGCUAAUAGAUGCAUCCAUUUUGGACUUAUUUGUUCCUUGUCGGAGCACAAGCAAUAUCCCCUGUCCCAAGCAGAACAAGGGCCUUUGCCCUGUGCACUUGUCCUCUGCUCCUGCUGGGUUUCCAGCUGUGUUCUCACCCUUUGCAUGGGAGUACUAUCUUACUGGGCCUGUUCCUGCUAGUUGGAUAGUUCUGAGAAUCAGCCCCAUCAGAUAUUUACACCUGUUAACUCUCACAAAACACCACCCUUGGCAUUUCUCAACAGUGAUUGGAACUGGAUUUGUUUGGCCCUGCCUGUCCUAGUUGGACAUGGUCCCUACAUAGUGUCUGUGCUCCUGUCUCCUGCCCCCCAAAUUCCGGUUCUCUGUGACCUUUGACCUCCAGGUUGGAAUGUAAGAAAGGCUGUGUGGAGGAGAUGGCCACUUUUUAAAAAUAUUUUUCUAAACUGUGCAUAAGUACAUGGAAUAUAGUAUGAUAAUUUGAUACACAUGUGUAAAUGUGUAAUGAUCAGGAUGARUGGCAUUUCCAUCUACUUAAAUGUUUAUCAUUUCUUUGUGUUGUGAACCUUUGAACUCCUCUCUUCUAGUUCUUUAUAUGAUAUAUUGUUAUAAACUGUAGUCACCCUGCUGUGUCAUAGAAACUAGAACAAUUUUGUAUUUUGGUACUUGUUAUCUAACCUUCAUCUGUCUUUCCUGCCUCCAUCCUUGACAUCUUCUAGUGAAGGCUGUUCUACUCUGUAAUCAACUUCCACAUAUGACAACAUAGGGUAUUUGUCUCUCUGUACCUGGUUUAUUUCACUGAAUGUUUUCUAGUUCUAUCUGUGUUGCCAUAUUUCAUUCUUUUUAUGGCUGAAUAAUAUUCCAUUAUGCAAAUAUACCACAUUGGCCUUUGUGAAUAGUGGGGAAGCAGCAAUCAAUGCAUCUGGUGGGGUUCUUUUUUUUUUGUCUUUUUUGGAACUGGGGGUUGAACCCAGGGCUUUGCGAAUGCAAGGCAGACGCUUUGCCACUGAGCUACAUCCCAGCCCAAUCAAUGCAUCUGAAUGAGUAAGAUGGCAUCUUGGCUUCCUUGUGGGUUUACCAGAAGUCCAAGCCAGCUGGAGUUUUAGAUGCAGGAAGGUGGGGCCCAAGCCCCAUUGCCAGGCAUUAUCCUUUCUAUAUGGUAAUAUCAUGACCACACUAGUUUUCUUAAGAAAUUGGUACAGGUUUUAAUGUUUCUGUGCUGCUCCUUGCCCUCUUUUUUUUUUUUUUUUUUUUUUUACUUGGUUUCUUGCUGUAUUGCCCAAGCUGUCUUCAAACUCUUGGACUUAAGCAAUCUGUCUCAACCUCCCAAGUGGCUACUAUAGGCAUGUGCCACUAUGCCUGGCUGCCCCCACUUUUU